GUGCUUUAGAGGAUUUCCUAUUGCUCUAGCAACAGGAAUAAUGCACCUGACUGCGGCGGGGGGAAGCGGCCGGUGAGGCCAGCGGAGCGCGGCGCAGAUGCCAAAGAAAUAAAGGAGGUGAGAGCGAAAAGGAAGCAUCCGGCAGCGCUGGUGGAGGAGCGCACAGGCUGCGGCAGUGUGUGCGCGGCGAGGGGCCCCCGGCUGAGCCGCAGGACUGUAAAUAAACCCCUUACGAUGCUGAAUUAGAAGCGAUCCCCGUGUCAUUGCACUGGGCUGCGAGGCGGUGUCUGGGGAGCACCCGGUGCUUGGAUUCCCCCGGCUGCGGGGAGAUCAGCGGCUCUCGCUUGAGAAGAAGGGGGCGGGAGCAGCGGAGAAUGGGGCAGCGACCGCUGCCCCCGAGGGCGAGCAGCAGGUGCCAGAGGCAGCAGGAGCGGCCUCUCCCCCAGGGGAGCAGGAGACGCGGGGGCCUCGGGGCGUCCGGGGCCGGGCUACCGGCGCUGCUCGUGCCCCUGUGGCUGUGCGCGGCGGGGGGCUGCUCAGCCCAGCUGUACAACCUCAGCCUGGCGGUGGAUGAGGGGCUCCCGGCGGACACGUUGGUCGGGGACAUCCGGGCCGGGCUGCCCCCGGGCGACGGGCAGCCGGGCGGCUUCUUCUUGUCGGAGGGGAGCGGCGAGUCGGCGGUGCUGGCGGAUUUCCACGUGCAGCCCGACACCGGCCUCAUACACACGGCGCGGCGCCUGGACCGGGAGCGGAGGGCGCGCUACAGCUUCGUGGCGGCCACGCUGCGCGGGGAGAUGGUGCAGGUGGAGAUCGCGGUCACCGACGUGAACGACCAUCCGCCCCGCUUCCCGCGGGACUCGCUGCGGCUCAACGUCUCCGAGCUCAGCCCCCCCGGCACCGCCUUCCGCCUCCCGGGCGCCCGGGACCCAGACGCUGGCAGCUUCGGCACCCAGAGCUACACGCUGCUGGCCGACGGGCAGGAGGCGGCGGCGCCGCUCUUCCGGCUGCGCUACGGCUCCCCCCCGGAGCCGCUGGACCUGGUGCUGCUGCGGCGGCUGGACCGGGAGCGGGCGGACUCGCACCGGCUGCUGAUCGAGGCCUGGGACGGGGGCAGCCCGCGGCUGAGCGGCCGCCUGCGGGUGGAGAUCCGGGUGCUGGACGAGAACGACAACGCGCCCGCCUUCAGCCAGCGCGAGUACCGGGCCCGCGUGCGGGAGGACGCGGCGCCGGGCACCGCCGUCUGCCGCCUGCUGGCCACCGACCCGGACCUGGGCGCCAACGGCGAGGUGCGCUACCUCAUCAACCGCCGCCAGAGCGACCCCGCCGCCUACUUCGCCGUGGAGGAGCGGACCGGGCUGCUGCGCGUCAACCGCCCGCUGGACCGCGAGGCCCGCGCGCUGCACCGCGUCAUCGUGCAGGCGCGGGACGGCGGCGCCGAGCCCGAGGUGGGCAGCGCGCUGGUCUCCGUCGCGGUGCUGGACGUGAACGACAAUAGCCCGGCCAUCCGCGUGCUCUACCUGACCGAGGGCGGCGGCGCCCGCCUCUCCGAGGCCGCGCGGCCGGGGGACUACGUGGCGCGCGUCUCCGUCUCGGACCGCGACGAGGCCGGGGACGAGCUCGGCCUGAGGCUGCAGGGCGGGGACGGGACCUUCGCCCUGCGGCCCGGCGGCACCGCCGGCCUCUAUUUCCUCUGCGUGGAGGGGCCGCUGGACCGCGAGAGCCGCGACCUGUACGAGCUGCGCCUGGCGGCCACCGACGGCGGCUCCCCGCCGCUCUCCGCCCACGAGACGCUGCUGCUCCGCAUCGCCGACAUCAAUGACCAGCCGCCCGCCUUCCCGCAGCCCCGCUACAGCGCCGCCGUCUCCGAGGCCGCCUCCCCCGGCACCGCCGUGAUGCGGCUCAGCGCCUCGGACGCCGACGAGCCCGGCUCUCCCAACGCCCAGGUGCGCUACGCCCUGGAGGCGGCUCCGGGCCUUGAGCUCUUCCACAUCGACCCGCUGAGCGGCGUGAUCAGCACCCGGCGCAGCCUGGACCGCGAGCGGGAGUCGGCGCUGGAGCUCCGGGUGGUGGCGCGGGACCUGGGGGAGCCGCCGCUCUCCGCCUCCUGCCUGGUGAGCGUCCGGGUGGAGGACGCCAACGACAACGAGCCGGUCUUCGAGCAGCAGGUCUACAGCGCCAGCCUGGCCGAGCACGCGGGGCCCGGGCACUGCCUGCUACAGGUCAAGGCAACAGAUGCAGAUGCAGGCCAGUUUGGUCGUAUCGAAUAUUUUCUUUAUGAUGGAUUCCAUAACUAUGAAAAAUCUAAAGCAUUCCAGAUAGAUCCCCAUACAGGACACAUCUGUGUGUGUCAAGACAUUGACAGGGAAGGGGAUCCAGCCACUUAUGAUCUCUUAGUGAAAGCUACAGAUGGGGGUGGGCUAAGUUCCCAAGCUUUUGUUCGUAUUGAGAUAGAAGACAUUAACGAUAAUCAACCUAUUUUCGAACCUGCUAGCUAUGUGACAAGCAUCAGUAGUCAUACGCACCCAGGAACAGAGAUCAUCAAUGUUGUUGCCACAGACAGGGAUUCAGGCAUAUAUGGAGUUGUGACAUAUGAGCUGGUUCCAGGAGAAUUUUCUUUCCUUUUCACAGUGGAUACUUCUUCAGGAAUUAUUUACUUGAUAUCAACUCUCAGUCAUUUGGAUCAUACCAUGAUGUUCUUGACUGUUUCUGCACGGGAUGGUGGUGGCCUUACCUCUGUUGUUAAUGCAUCUGUCACAGUAAACAUCCUCCAGGCCACUUUGGCACCAGCUGUAUUUGAGAGGUCACGGUAUACCUUUUCUGUUCCUGAAGAUGUACCUGAAGGCAGCCCUGUUGGAACUGUAAAAGCAAGGGAGCCUUUAAAUACUUUCGAAGUGAUCUCUUACACAAUUUCCUCUGGUGAUCCUUACCGAAGAUUCUCUAUUGACCCUCAGUUUGGUAUCAUUCUCACCAAAAAGCAGCUGGACCAUGAAACUCAAUCUCUCAUUAUCCUUACUGUCCAGUCACAGUUGGGCAGCUCCCCUAUCUACAGUAGCACCCAGGUCAAUAUAUCUGUGAUUGAUGUCAAUGACAAUCCUCCAGUAUUUCUUACAAAAUCUGAUAAGAUAACUAUAUCUUAUAGUACAGUGCCUGGCACAGCUCUGUACAUUGCUCAUGCAGAAGAUAAAGACAGUGGGUUAAAUGGGGUAAUCAAAUAUACUAUUGCAAACAGGCAGUCAAAUGCAUUUACCAUUGAUCCAAGCCUUGGGGUGGUAUAUCUCACCAAGACUCUGUUCACAGAUAAGCAGCAUGAAUACACUCUCCACAUAACAGCUGAAGAUCACGGAACUCCUCCACUGAGUUCUCUGCUAAUGCUGACAGUGAUUGUUGAAGAGCAAAAGAUGGGCACCACCUUGACUUUUGAAAACUUGGUGUAUCAAGUGGAAGUCAGUGAGACUUCUUCUCUGGAUGCCAAAAUUCUGCAAGUACAAGCCCACACACAAGUUCCACAGCACACUGGCUCACAGAUGGUGUACUCUCUGGAGCCUAGCACAGAUUCUGCUGCAUUUGGAAUUGACCCUGUCACUGGCUGGAUUUACCUCCGGAAGUAUCUGAACUAUGAAUCUACACAGAUGUACAAUUUUAGAGCCUUUGUCAGCAGCCCAGAGGACAGCUCAGGGCAAAAUGCGAGUACAUCAGUAAUUGUUAAUGUCCGGGAUGAAAAUGACAAUUCCCCAAUCUUCAUGCGUGAUCUUUAUUUUUUUGAAAUUGAGGAAAGUCCAGUUCCCCGAGGUGUGGUUGGUACCAUCACAGCAGUUGACAGAGACUCAGGAAGAAAUGGACAGCUUUCCUAUUUCCUUUUGUCAGAUGGAAAGUUUUUCAAGAUUAAUUCCAACACAGGUGAAAUUAUAAACUGGGUUGCAUUAGACCACGAGCAACAAACUCACCACCAGUUGAUUGUACUAGUAACUGACCACGGUGACCCCCGGCAUAAUGCCACAAUAACGGCAUAUAUCUUAGUUGCUGACAUCAAUGAUAAUCAGCCUUACUUCCCUCAGAUUCCAUCUGGAAAAGAAGUAACCCUCAAGGUUUUGGAAGGACAGCCAGAAGGUACACUUGUCACCACUGUGUUUGCAAAGGACCUUGAUUUUGGAAACAAUGGUGUAGUGUUAUACUCAAUAUUGUCAGAAGAUAGUUUUGGUCACUUUCAGAUUGAUGCCAACAAUGGCGAGUUAAGAACAACUGAAGCUCUUUCAUAUAAUUGGAGACCUAACUACAGAAUACUGGUCACUGCAAGUGACCAAGGAAUGCCUCCUCUUCAAGGACAUGCAGUUGUUAACAUCCAGGUAAUCCCAUUUUCUAAAGGGAGAUCUGUCUUUUCUCAAGAUAUCAGGCACUUUGUCAUACCUGAGAAUUUUAAACCUGCACAAAUAUUGAGCUCGGUGAAGUUGCCUGGUCAUUAUCUGCAAACCAACAGAAAACUGCAUUUUAGUAUCUCUGAAGAAGAGGAUGAUGAUCAUUUUGAAAUAGAUAGUUCAACAGGGGAUCUGUUUCUUUCCAAGGAACUUGACUAUGAAACAACUUCUCACUUCCUUCUGAGAGUUGUCAUGAAGGAUUAUAAUAAGAAUCCUCCACAGAACUACACUGUUUUCCUCAGUAUUGAUGUAGAAGAUCAAAAUGACCACUCCCCUUAUUUCCAGGAUAACUUCAUAGUGAUUGGCAUACAGGAGAAUGUACCUAUUGGCACUCUAGUGUACACAUUCAAUGCAAAAGAUGGAGAUGGCAGUUUUCUGAACAGCAGAGUACAGUAUUCCCUAGAAAUGAGUGACUCUGGUGAAAAUCCAUUUCUCAUCCACCCUUCAUAUGGCACCUUGAUCACAGCAAUUCCAUUAGACAGAGAGAUCACUCACUCAGUUGUCCUGACAGUGUCUGCAUCAGAUCAGGCAAUAAACUUGACAGAGCGCAGACUUGGUUCCCUGACAGCAAAAAUUGUCAUUUUAGACAUUAAUGACAACAGUCCCCAAUUUGUUUCUUCCUCUCUUUCCUAUGUCAUGGAGAAUGCAGAGGUAGGCUCUCUGGUACAUCACGUAAUUGCAGAGGAUCCAGAUGAAGCAAGGAAUGGACAAGUUACAUAUCACAUUCUUUCAGGCAAUGAAAACAAGGCAUUUAUGUUAGAUAAAACCACAGGGUUGCUAACCACAGCCUUUCCUUUGGACCAUGAGAGUCAAGAAUACUACACUUUGACCAUCAUGGCUCUUGAUGAUGGCACACCGUCACUCUCUGCAACCCAGAUGCUGACUGUAAGCAUUCUUGAUGUAAAUGAUGAGAGGCCAGUAUUUCAGAAGCAAUUGUAUGAAGCUGCAGUUUGUGAAAAUCAAAAUCCUGGAGAGUUUGUCAUUAACGUGGAAGCUGCAGACAGAGAUUCAGGAAUAAAUUCCCUGCUUCAGUAUGAAAUCUUACCAGGAAAUGGGUUUGAGAUUUUCCAGAUAAACUCCGAUACUGGAGAGGUGAUGACAACUGCCUCACUCGACAGAGAGACCCAAGAGAUUCUCAGUAUAAAAGUCCUGGUUCGAGACAGUGGAACCCCUUCUUUAUCCAGCACAGCAACAGUUAUCUGCAAAGUACUGGAUGAAAAUGACAAUACUCCUAAAUUUCUCCUUCCUGUCUCUGAGAUUCAAAUUCUGGAGAAUCAAGAGCCUGUAAUAUUGCACACUACACUAGCUGUAGAUAUAGAUGCUGGCAAUAAUGGAACUUUACGAUAUCAAAUAAUUGGUGGAAAUAUUGGAGAAUACUUCACUCUAAAUGAUACUUCAGGAGAACUCUUGGCCACUCGUAGUUUAGACAGGGAGGAUGCCAGCAACUUUACCCUUAUUAUUGAAUGUCAUGACCUGGGCAGCCCACCAAGAAGCUCCACAACACAGCUACAGGUUACAGUCCUGGAUGAAAAUGACAACAGCCCUAUAUUUGCCAAGAAGACCUAUCAGACCUCUGUGAGAGAAGACGUUGAGGAAGGAUCACUAGUUCUUGAGCUCUUUGCUUCAGAUGAAGAUGGUGGCCUGAAUGGUGAGGUCAUAUAUUCGCUCAUUGAUGACACCCUUGGAGCAUUUACUGUUAACAGUACAACAGGAGCAAUAGUUACUACAAAAGCACUAGACCGGGAGACUAAAUCUCAGUAUGCAUUUAGAGCAGUGGCAAGUGACUGUAGCAUCCAAGGCCCAAGAAGUACUACAGUUAGCAUUAUGGUGCACAUUGAUGAUGCCAAUGACAAUAGUCCAGUUUUUCUACAGAACCCUUUCCAAGUUUAUGUGCCUCCUGAAACCUCUGUGAAUCAGACAAUAGCCACUGUGAGAGCUGCGGACUUGGAUCUGGGGCCAAAUGGUGCAGUGGUUUUUAAUUUUGCAGUACCUGGAACUAUGUUUUGUAUUGACAUUAAUACAGGAGAGAUUUAUCUUCAAGAGCCAUUGCCUUCUGACGGUUUCAGUUCCUGCCUGUUGGUAUUGGCUUCAGAUCAAGGUGUUCCAGCUAGGACAGCCACAGCUGUAUUGGCCAUUUCCACAAGGGAACAAGAGGAGGUCAUGUCAUUCAGCCAUAGUUUGUAUGCAGUAACUGUGCCUGAAAACAGUGAAGCAGGCACCUCACUUUUGACUGUAGAAGCUUAUGAUCAUAAUUUACUGGAAAAAGGCAUAAAAUACAAGAUAUUCAGUGACAGUGAAGAUAUUUUCUCAGUACACUCCAUCACAGGUGAACUCACAGUGAAUAAGCCAAAGUUUCUUGACCAUGAAGUCAAGAGUAAAGUGCAUCUUGCUGUUUUGGCUGAAAAUGGCUUGAAUUCAGCAUACUGUGGAGUGACAGUUUGGAUACAAGACGUGAACGAUAAUGCACCUAAAUUUGAGCAAAGCUCUUACAAAACAUUGGUGUGGGAAGGCCGAAUCUACAAUACAUAUGUCAUGCAGAUUUUUGCAACUGACCUUGACAGUGGGCUAAAUGGAGAAAUUGAGUAUUCAAUUGUAUCUGGUAAUGAAAACGAAACAUUCCUGAUUGAUUCAAAACAGGGGAUUUUAGCAACUAAUGCAAUCCUGAAUCACGAAGACAUUUCAUCCUACAGGUUAGUUGUGCAAGCUGCCGAUAGAGGAACCCCUAGCCUUUCUGCUACAAGCAUAGUAACAGUACAGGUAGUCGACGUUAAUGACAAUACCCCAACUAUCCAACCACUAGGCAAAGUGGAGAUCUCUGAAAAUGCCCCACCUGGUUUCAUAGUGACUCAGGUUUCUGCAAAUGAUAUGGAUUUAAGUCCAGCUCUUCGCUACAGCUUUACACAAGAUGGUAACCCGGGAAUGAAAUUUGCUAUUAAUCAACACACUGGAGUGAUCACACUGGUGAAACCAUUAGAUUUUGAAGAAAUUGCUCAGUAUCGGUUGUGGAUUAGUGUGUCAGAUUCUGUGCAUCAAACAGAAGCAGAGCUCACCAUUCAUGUUUUGGAUAUCAAUGACAACCCGCCAGUUUUUACUCAGUAUUCAUAUCAGGUGACCGUGCCUGAGCUCACUCCUGUAGGUACUUCUGUCCUGACCGUCUCUGCUGUAGACAGAGAUUCAGAGCAUAAUGGAAUUAUUUCCUACAAAAUUUUGUCGUUUUAUGAGGGAUUUUCAAUUGAUCACAAAAAUGGGUCAGUAUUCACUGCCAAACCAGUGCCACACCUGGGCAAGAGUUCAGUUAUUCAGCUUCUUAUAGAAGCCAAAGACAAUGGAGACCCUGCUUUGACUGCUGUUACUUCUGUGGAGAUACAGAUACAGGAUGUAAAUAACUAUGCACCUCAGUUCACAACAGCACUAUACAAUGUGAGUGUGAGUGAAGAUGCCUCAGUCGGAAGGACUAUCCUCACAUUUUCAGCCAUUGACUAUGAUUGGAUACACAAAAAUACAUACAUUGAAUACUCUAUUAUCAGCAGCAACACUAAUAAUCUAUUCCAUGUGGAAACAAGUGUCAUUGAAUCAACACCACCUUACAAGCUGGUUGGCAACCUUGUUUUGAGUAGUCCUCUGGAUAGGGAAACUGCUUCCUCUCACCAUGUGAUCAUUCUUGCGUCUGACCGUGGAACACCUCCCCUUAAUUCCAGUGCUACUGUAUUGAUAACUGUACUAGAUGUCAAUGAUAACCCACCAGUAUUUAGCAAUCUGGAGUAUCGCAUUCAUGUCAGAGAAAAUAUCCCAAUAGGUAGUCAUAUCACUAUGGUUUCAGCAAAUGACUGUGAUGCAGGAGCCAAUGCAGAGAUCACUUACACUAUAAUCUCUGGAAAUGACAAGGGGCAUUUUCAAUUAGACGGGAAAACUGGCUCUGUGGAUUUGAUCAGAACUCUGGAUUAUGAGGAAACGAUUAAAUUCACUUUGACUAUUCAAGCCUCUGAUGGAGGGGUCAAUGUAAGAAAUGUGGCUUUUUCUGUUGUUUUUGUCAGUAUCCUGGAUGACAAUGAUUAUGCUCCACUGUUUUUGUUUCCCAGCCUGAACUGUGUUAUCCAUGAAAAUCUUCCUGCCUUUUCUUUUGUGUGCACAGUUUAUGCACUAGAUUUUGAUACAGGUCCCUAUGGACACCUUACUUACUCAAUCCAGUCAUCAUGUUUGUCUGAUCAUGGAUUUCCUCAAGAUCAUGACAUGUUUUUCAUAGAUCCUUUGACAGGAGAAAUGCAAACAAAGCAAAUACUUGAUUAUGAAAGUCAGAAUAAGUACUGUUUUAUAGCCCAGGCAAAAGACAAAGGUGACUCAAUAGCCACAUUAACAGUUCAGGUAGAUGUUGAAGGGACAGAUGAAUUUGAUCCUGUUUUUACUGAAGAUCAAUAUUUUUUUGAUCUCCCUGAGAAAAAUGAAGCAGGUCAACUGGUUGGCAAAGUGGCAGCAUCUGAUAAUGAUGCUGGAUUGGAUGGAGUUAUUCACUACUCCCUGCUAAAACCUUCUCAGUUCUUUUCUGUAAAUCAGAGUAAUGGAAAUAUCUGCUUGACUAGAACUCUUCACAGAAAGAAGAGCAGUACCAAAAGGAAAGAUGACACUCUUGAAUUGUUAGUAAGAGCUCACAGCCCCAAACUGGACUCUAAAUCCACUACAUGCACUGUUCUGGUAAAUAUUUCCAACUCUCCUGAGAAUUAUUCUAUAGCAUCUGCAAACAUCUUGUCUAUUAGUCUUACUGUCUCUUUUGUAGUGUUCCUGCUGCUUGCCAUCAGCCUUAUUGCACUUAUUCUGAGAUACAAACGAAAAGACAUCAUAAAUUCCUGUAUGAAAAGAGAAACAUCAUUUUCAUCAGCUGAUUUGAGCUUGACCAAUGAAGAUAAUAUUCCUAAGGACUGCCAGAAACUCCAGAGCACUGAGAGUAGUACACUUCCCAUGGGCUCCAUAGCAGAGUGGUUGAGUUUGGUAGGCAUCAGAGAAAAGGAAGAUAUUGGUAACCCCAGCAGGCACUCAGAUUCUAGUGGUCAUGGCUCAGCAGAAGGGGACACUGCAGAAGAUGAGGAAAUCAAAAGGAUCAAUGAGCAUCCAUGCAGAAAGGGGUUGGGUUCAGCUUUAAGUGGGCGAGGCUCAUGCGUGCCAGACUCAGGAAUUCCAAGAGACUCUGACCAGUUAUCCUGUCAGUCUGGAGAAACUGAUGUGUUAGCUGACACUCAAAAUGCGGAGAGUCUCCACAUCUUCAAAGAUGGAGGAGGAGAAGGCUAUGACCCAAACUGUGCCCAUAACAAAAUGCUGUCCCAAACUCUUCAAAAAAUUGGGAAAAAAGAGAGACACAUAAUAACAGACAUCACAAGAGAAUACAUAUUUAUCUCUGAUGGCCAGGAUUCCCGGUAUGGAUCACUUGCAACCCUUGUAGCCUCUGAUGAGGAUCUUAGAGGAAGUUACAGCUGGGAUUACUUGCUUACGUGGGAACCCAGAUUUCAGCCUCUUGCCUCCGUGUUUAAUGAUAUUGCGAAACUGAAAGAUGAAAGCUUACAAAUUCAUAGCUUUCCUAAGGAGAAGAAAUCUUUUAUUUUCCCUCCUCCCUUGAUAACAUCAGUAGCUCAACCUGGCAUAAGGACAGUGCCACCACAUAUGCCAACUAUAAUACCUGGGCAGGCAUUUAAAAAAUACCCUCGUUCUCCCCUUAUCCAUAAUCUUAGAUACACUUCACCAGCCAUGACUCCCAGUUUUUCUCCUUCUCUGUCUCUACUUACCUUGCAGACUCCUACAGCUUCUCCAGUGAUGUCAGAUGCAGGACUGACAGGAACAUACCAAAUUGGCCAAAAUCAUGCAACAGAGGAAGACGUUCAGGUGUAGGUGAUUAACCACUGGUAAAAUGUUAAAGGAAAAUUUGGCUUAAAACAUACUUGUUCGUUGUUUAAUGAGUAAAACCACAUGUCAGAGCUAUAUCAUCAGUAUUUUAUUUUUUAUGGUUUACAAAAGAUAAGAUAAUUUAGUCAAACUUUCUCACUAUCAUGUUCUUUGCAUAAUAUGCUCUAAACUUGUGAGGGUUGCCUUUUAAUUACCUUUUUUCUAUCUACUAAAAACCCUGGUAUCUAAUGUAAAUCACAUACCCAGGUGUCUGACAGCUGACUUACCCAAAUGACAGACUAUAUUGUUUAUCGUUAAGGAUUUCAAAUAACUCUUUGUUGUGAUUAAUGGUUUAUCACUGAGGAUUUCAGUUUAAAAUGCUGACUAUUAGUGAGAGUUACCUUUAAUACCUCUCUGCGUUCCUUAAGCUAUUUUUGUGGCAGCUGGAAAGUUGGCUACCUGCAGAUUUCUUUGUAGGGAAAUCCACUUGGCAUGUGGCUGAGGUAGCAUCUCCAGUCUCAGGAUCAGGGCAGUGUGAAGGUUGUAUAAAGCUAUCUGUGACUCCCCCACUCAUUACUGGGACUAUGCUGAGUACAUCUCAGCUGGAGCAGAAAAUCUGGCCCUCUACAUAAUAUAUAUCAUACAUAUAACAGCUUGUGUGUAUAUGUACACACAUACAUGCAUAUGCUGUUUCUGUGUGUGUAUGUAUUGUAUCGAAUCAAUAAAACACACAUACUUAUGCUUCUACCAUAAUUUUAACUCAGAACUGGCACUUGGGGAACAGGACAGGGUGAAAUACAAGAAAUAUGCCUUACAGAGGGUAAAGGUGGCUACCCUUUUGGAAUCAGUAUAUUAUAUGUGUAAUGGCUUCUGAGCAGCUUUGCCCAUUAUCACAUGUUUGGAUCCUUUCUGGAUAUAAACUGACAUUGUUCCUAAGAGUAUGCAGGCAACAACCGUUUCCAAGACAAGAAAUAGAAAGAAAAGAAUCAGAAAUGGAGUCAGCCAGAAGCCUGUGCCAGGAAGGGGAAAGCAAAGGAAAGCAGUCAUUCUCAAUUAAUAUAUGA